AUGGGACUCUGUACAGCCAUAGAAUGCAAGAUCAGAGCGCUAGAAGUAUAUGGAGAUUCUACGCUAGUGAUUUACCAAUUUAAAGGUGAAUGGGAGACAAGAGACUCUAAAUUGAUUAAUUAUCGAAGGUUAGUUUUGGGGUUAAUUGAGGAGUUUGAUGAUAUUACCUUCAAUUAUCUCCCAGGAGGUGAAAACCAAAUGACAAAUGCUUUGGCUACUUUGGCUUCUAUGAUUAAAGUGAGCAGACAAGAAGAUGCAAAACUCAUUCAGAUAAGUAUUUACGAGGCCCCAUCUCAUUGUUACAACAUAGAGGAAGAAGAAAGAGAUGACUACUCUUGGUAUCAAGAUAUAUUACGAUAUGUGAGAAAUCGUGAGUAUCCUGACCAGGCAACUGAGAAUGAUAAAAGGAUAUUGAAAAGACUAACCUGUGAUUAUGUCUUAGAUGGAGAGAUCCUUUACAAAAGAAGAAAGGAUCAGGUACUAUUGAGAUGUGUGGAUGCUGUUGAAGUUAAGAAAAUCUUGGAAGAAGUUCACGAGGGUGUUUGUGGAACGCAUGCUAAUGGUUUCACAAUGGGAAGGAAAAUUAUAAGAUUUGGAUAUUACUAG